AUGGAUCGGUCUAUACGCGCUCAGCGGGUAAGAGCGUUUUCACGCAAGACUCGUACAGGUUGUCUCACAUGUAAGAAAAGACACAAGAAAUGUGAUGAGGAGAAACCCACGUGCAAGAGAUGCAGGGAUGGAGGUUAUGUCUGCGAUGGAUACACGCCCCAAUCACAGGCCGUCACGACAAAGACGCAGAAUCGCUCUCUUCCAAUUCUAGCUGCAAAGGUGUCAACGCCGACACUGCCUCGACUACCGGGAGAUACACUCGAGUCGAAUUAUUACGUUUAUUUCUUUUCUGAUAUUAUCAGCCAGUUGGAAAUCACUCCAUAUCUGAACAAAGAGUUCUGGAAUAGGAAUAUUCUUGUUCCUAGCCAAAACAGCGAGUGCGUUCGACAUGCGGUGUUGGCUUUGGGAGCAACGCAUUGGCAGUAUUCAACGCGCAACCAAUUAUCAACAGCGUCGUUUGACCGAUUCGUUUUGUGGCAUUAUAACGAAGCCAUAUCCAAACUUACAAGCAAUCAGGAGUCACCGCAGGAUAUGUCAACGGUCUUGACAUGUUGCAUCUUAUUCGUUAUUCUUGAAAGUCUCCGCGGGGACUUUGGCGAAGCAAUUCGGCAUCUCGAGUCCGGUACUAGAAUCCUCACAAAUCACGUCCCAAAAACAUAUCUCCCCAACCGUGAUUUUCAAGAACUUGCAGCAAUAUUCCACGCAAUCGCCUCACAAGUCGCCAUCUUCUCCCCCGAGCGUGUCUUUCCCGACGUGACGCAUCUCUUAAUGCCAGCAAAGAAACAAAAACGAAUCGAGGGAGAAUUCAGAAAUCUGGAUGAAGCAGAAGAUGUCAUGAAUAAGUUUGACGACAUGGUUAACCAUAUUUCUUGGGAUCUUGAUCAAGAAUGGGAGAACGAAGAGUCAGAGUGCAACACGCAAUGGUCGAUAUUACGACAAAACGUACAAGUCUGGCAAUGCCAAUUCGAAAUCCUCGUGAAUAAACUCUCAGCUGGAAAAGAACCCAUCGACAGCGAAAAAGUUCUUAAUCUUCGGAUACAGCAUAAACUAUGGGAACUCCUCAUCGAAGAGGAAUCCGACGUUGACGAAAACGCCGAAGCUCAUCUCGAUUCCGCCGAAUGCAACACUCUUCUUGAUCAACUCGAGAAACUAUGGUGUAACCCAACCCGACCACGCUUCGGUCUCAAAAUCGAUCUCACAGCAGCUUUAUUCCAACUCUACGUGUACUGCACGGACGAAAACGUUCGACAGAGGAUUAUCUGCAUGUUGAGAGCGCAGAGCAGGAGGGAGAUUAUUUGGGAUAGUGGACAAUUAGCGGAUUUUCUGGAGAGCGAUAUGGUGUUGAGAGCUGUUGGGUUACAGACGGAGAGAUGGCCAGAAAUAGGACCUUCAGCUAAUGACGGGGCGUUAUUGGUGUUUCGACCAAAGAGUUCAAGGGAAAGUUCCGAAUCUUAA